GGUUUUCGCGCCUUCUAAUUGCAUGGCUCUUGGGGACAAAGAUAAAAGGAAAAGAAAAAUAAAAGAUUUUUCAGUGAAGGACUCAGAUUUUCAAUGAAGGACUCGGAUUUUCUUAGUGAAGGACUCCAAGGCUUAUGAAUUCUCAGGGAAGGACUUUUUGAUUUGAUCUCUUCUCUCCGGCAUAUUAUAAAUACUCCCAACUUUCCCACCUUCCAAACAUGCCAUUCACAACACCAUUCCAAUUCCCUCUGAUUUCUUCUUCAACAAAUUUUCAUCCUUCUUUUCUCUAUUACACUUUUGAUUCAGGAUGACUAUCCUCAUUGACCACCUUCAUGAGCCUGGUACUGUUGAGGUGGAGGAGAAGAAAGUGGCAGAGGAACAGAAUGAGUUGGUGCUUGAUGCUGGAUUUCUGGUGCCUAAGACUAAUGCAUUUGGUCACACUUUUAGGGACUAUGAUGUUGGGAGUGAGAGGAAAGACGGGGUUGAGGAAUUCUACAGAAUCAAUCACAUUAACCAGAGUUAUGACUUUGUGAAGCGGAUGAGGGAAGAGUAUGGAAAACUGAACAAGAUGGAGAUGAGCAUAUGGGAAUGCUGUGAACUUCUGAAUGAGGUUAUCGACGAGAGUGAUCCCGACUUGGACGAUCCUCAAAUCGAGCAUUUGUUGCAGACAGCUGAAGCCAUCAGAAAGGAUUAUCCGAACGAGGACUGGCUGCAUUUGACUGGCCUUAUCCAUGAUCUUGGAAAGGUUCUUAAUCUUCCUGGUUUUGGGGAGCUUCCUCAAUGGGCUGUUGUUGGUGACACAUUUCCUGUUGGAUGUGCAUUUGAUGAGUCAAUUGUUCAUCACAAGUAUUUCAAGGAUAAUCCUGACUAUGAAAAUCCUGCUUUCAACACAAAAUAUGGAGUUUAUUCAGAAGGCUGUGGACUUGACAAUGUACUAAUGUCAUGGGGGCACGAUGACUACAUGUACUUGGUUGCAAAGAAGAAUAAUACAACUCUUCCACAAGCUGGCCUUUUUAUUAUCAGAUUCCACUCCUUUUAUGCUUUACACCGGGCAGGAGCAUAUAAGCACUUGAUGAAUGAAGAGGACAUUGAGAAUCUGAAAUGGCUCAAGAUAUUCAACAAAUAUGACCUUUACAGCAAGAGCAAGGUUAGAAUUGAUGUUGAGAAAGUGAAGCUAUACUAUCUCUCUCUCAUUGAAAAGUACUUCCCUGAAAAGCUGAGAUGGUGAAAACUGGGAGCUUUGUAGUUGGAAGAGCUAGGAAACUAUAUAGUAGUGAUGAAUAAAGGCUGAAACAUGAGCUUUGUGUGCUUAUUUAUAUGCUUUUGAUUACCAAAAAAAAAAAAAAAAAAUGUUUCACUUUUUUAUAUCUCCCUUUUUCUUUUGGCAUACGUUGUAGAAAAAGCUAGUAUUACAGAAAUAAGACCGAUCAACUAUUAUGGUUUUUGUUGUAAUGUGUAUUUAAGCUUCAAUAUUUUUAUCCAUCACUCAUUA